AUUUUCAGGCAAGUUGCUCAUAUUUUCGAACGGCGGCAUCGCACCGAAUUGAAUGAAUUUGCAGAUGACUUGCUUGAAAAUGAAGACCUGACGUUCAGCCGUUAUUGCGAUAUUGUUGACGAAUUCGGUCGAACUGCAGAUGAAAUGGAAAACGGAAUGUCGUACGGACGGCUAGUUGGAUUGAUAUCCUUUGGUGGAUUAGUAGCCGCAAGAAUGUAUGCACGAAACUUUCGACGAGAAGUACGGCAGUUGGCGACUUAUACAGCGAAGUUCAUCGAUAAGCGGAUACGAUUGACAUGGGUUGAAGAUGAGAGGAGUUGGAAGAACUUCAUGACGAUCGGAGCUGAUAUAGUCCGCCGCGAUGCUAUACAACGUGAAGCAGCUGAGCGACAGCGAGUGACCCGUCGAUGGAGUCUGAUUGGUAUUGGCGCUGCCGCUUUAGUCGGAGUGGGCGCAAUUAUUGGUACCCGUGUGUUGUUAGGAGCGAAGUAG